AUGGCGAUCUCUAAUCUAGCCCUUGAGAAGCUUAUACGAGAAAUUGAGAGCCAAGCUGCCGUUGCCGAGCAGCAGAUCGGCCUUUGUCGUACCCAGAUAUCAUCAAAGCAAAGGGAAAUCCGUUUAUUGGGGCUGACCCUCGAUGAGCUUUCGCUUGUGUCACAAAAGACUCCAAUUUAUGAGGGUGUUGGUAAAAUGUUUGUGUUAGCACCAUCCACACAACUUAGCAAAAAGCUAGAGUCGGAACUUCAAAUAUUAAGACAAGAUAUUGAAGAUCAAUUCAUAACAGGGCUGCCUAAUAUCUUCUAG